AUGGAGAAUAACAACAACAACAACAAUGUCCCUCUGGAAGACAAUAUAUCCUCGAGGAACUCCUUACCUUUGGAUAAUAACCUCGAGAGUGUGCUGCGAGUUGAAGGCGUUCCAGACGACAGUCCACAAGUGACACGUCACCGUGGCUCACUGUUCGUUCCAAACUACCUGGCACCACUUUCCACCUCUCUCCCAGCCAACACAUCCAACAGCAUCAUCACAAACGCAUCCAACGCAUCAAUAACAUCCAACAAUGAAAGUCCUCUCGUACAUCGAAGUUCAAUGAUCAUUCUCAACUCAUCCAACACUGCACCAACUACACCUUCACAAUCAUUCGACUCUGUCUCUGGCAUCAACAAUCACAACAAUAAUAACGACAAUGACACAUCGAGCAGCAGUAGUAGCAGCAGCACAGACAACAUGACCCCUGAUGGCAACAACAGUGAGAUCAACUACUCUGGCACAAGAUGCACACUCACUCUCCAAGGCAUGUCUGGCACGCGUGAGGAUGGCGUGGAGAUGACGACCAUGGGUAAGCCAGGCUCCCUACAAGACGAGAAUUCCAGAGAUGGCGCCACUGCUGAUGAAGAUAACAAAGUUUUUGAAGAGCUCUAUUCCAAAAAUCAAGUUGGCUGGAAGGGCUGGAAGACCAUCCGUCUCAUGGCACAACGUUAUCUCUUUGGACUCAUCGUCGCCUGUUUCGUCUCAUUGGCCAUAUAUAUACUAUCACUUCCCCAAUGGACAGGACCAGCCAACUCCGAGGUCUACUUCAACACCACCACCUACACAGUCUUCUUCCAAUUCGCUGUAUUAUUAUUCGGACCAAUAUAUAUAUUACUUGGUCUACUUGUAUCAUAUGGAUUUGUUCGCGUUAGGGAUUCAAAGAUAUUGUACUACUCGAUUGGCAUUAUCUUCUUCCUGACGCUGUUCUACAUGGUGUUGUACUUGAAGGGCAUUAGCUACUGGUUCUACUACAUCGAUGCACUGGGCGUGGUCAUCAUGUACGUGCUAGUCGAGUUCCUCUUCGCCUACAACAUGUCGCUGACACUGCAGGCCGAGUCGGCGCCCAACGACGUCUCAGUCAAAAAGGCCUACAAGACAGCCUACAACUACUCGGCGCCCGACAUUGUCGUGACCGUGUUCACGGUCGUGUACAUGUUCUUCCUGCUGCCCGUGUACUUCUCGAUCCAGAACGACCUGCUGCGUCUUGGCUGGCGCCUCGUCGUGCAUCCCGUCUACUGGACAUUCAUCGUUGUGGUGGCGCGUCAGUUCCUCACGCGUGACAUCUCCACCGACGACAUCAUGCUCAACACAAACAUCGUGCUGCACACCUUCUUCCAUCAUCAGACACUGGGCAAGAUCUUUGUCUACACUUUCUCGGGCGACGAGAAGUACCUGACAGAGGUGGGUAUGAUCGUGGCCGCCAUCGAAGAGAUCCUGCUGCGUGCCGUCGCACUCAAGCGUGACGAGUGGGUGCUCAGCCUGUUCUACGGCCGCACUCGCGCCAAGGAGAUAGUCUACAGCCAGCAGAGUCUUCAGUUGCGUGCGGCCAUCCUCAACAUCCAGGUGGCGCUCGAGUUCUCUGGCCUGAUCACUGCGCCCAUCUUCAUCUACCUGUUCCAAAAGUGGCGUAUGCUGUUCCACUUCUUUGACACGGGCGAUGUCAUCCCCCUGGUGCUGUUUUACCAGAGUCUGCUGUCGAUUGGCCUGGACUUCAUCUCGGAGCUCACGUGCACCUACGUCGAGUGUCGCUUCUUCAAACUGCCGAUAGCGCCCACCUGGAAGUGGAUGAAGUCGCACAAGUGGUUCCUGUGCUGGCUCAUCUACGGCAGUCUUACCAUGGGUCUGCUUGGCAUGCUGUGGACGUGUGCGCGUGUGCCUCGUGCUGGACUCUGCGCGUCCAACGACAUCUGUUCAUGUAACAACAUCAUUGCGACCAGUCUACCGGCAUUCUGUAUGAAUAAAACAAUGACAUAG